AGGAACAAACUAUGGGAACUAAAUAAGUUAGGAAGUGAAAAAUACAUGAGAACAUGGAUAUGGUCCUUUCUCAAAAAUGAAAUGGCUAAUCAUUCUGGGAAACAGUUUACUCUGUGGCUGCCAUGAUGAUAGUAAAAAUGUGGGUCUCACCAUCAAAGUUAAAUAAAAUUCUGUAGAAAUGGAAAUAGUACAUGAUACCCUAUGUUCACUUAUACUAGUUACCUGAACUGAGUUUCUUUCUGCUUUACUGUGGAGUACAUGAUUUGCCAUGCAGAUUCUGGAAAAGAUUGCUGACUGAGUCAAUGCACGUGUACACCAUUGACCCUCUCUUCCUGUUUAAUGACUAAUCCACUUCUGCAUCUACUCCUCAGCACACCUCUCCCAGCCACAGCAGUGGCCAGUACAGGCAUUGUCACCAGAGCAUGACAGAAAAUCAGACAUGGGUCUCAGAAUUCAUUCUCCUGGGAUUUCCACUCAGCCCAAAGAUUCAGAUGCUUCUCUGUGGGCUCUUCUCCCUGUUCUACGUCCUCACCCUGCUGGGGAACGGGGUCAUCCUGGGGCUCAUCUGGCUGGACUCCAAGCUCCACAGCCCCAUGCACUUCUUCCUCUCACACCUGGCCAUCGUUGAUAUUUCAUAUGCUUCCAACAAUGUCCCUAAGAUGCUGGCAAACCUUCUGAAUAAGAAAAAAACAAUCUCCUUUGCCCCAUGCAUAAUGCAGACCUUUUUAUAUAUGGCUUUUGCUCACACCGAGUGUCUCAUCUUGGUAAUGAUGUCCUACGAUCGGUACGUGGCCAUCUGCCACCCUCUGCAAUACUCUCUCAUCAUGAGCUGGAGAGUGUGCACCGUCCUGGCCGUCACUUCCUGGGCAUGUGGGUCCCUCCUGGCCCUGGUCCAUGUGGUUCUCAUCCUGAGGCUGCCCUUCUGUGGACCUCAUGAAAUCAACCACUUCUUCUGUGAAAUCCUGUCUGUCCUCAAGCUGGCCUGUGCUGACACCCGGCUCAACCAAGUCGUUAUAUUUGCUGCUUCCGUGUUCAUCCUGGUGGGGCCCCUCUGCCUGGUGCUGGUCUCCUACUCGCGCAUCCUGCUGGCCAUCCUGAGCAUCCGGUCUGGGGAGGGCCGCAGAAAGGCCUUCUCCACCUGCUCCUCCCACCUCUGCGUGGUCGGGCUCUUCUUUGGCAGCGCCAUCGUCAUGUACAUGGCCCCCAAGUCCCGCCAUCCUGAGGAGCAGCAGAAGGUCCUUUCCCUGUUUUACAGCCUUUUCAACCCCAUGCUGAACCCCCUGAUCUACAGCCUGAGGAACGCAGAGGUCAAGGGUGCCUUAAAAAGAGUGUUGUGGAAACACAGAUCUAGGUGAAGGAGGCCAGGGAGAGUCUUGAGGGUAGAAGGUUUUCUCUCUAUGAAGUUUGUGGGAAUGGCAAUGUAAAUACCUUAAAGUCUUAUCUCUUAGAUUUCUGAUAUCAGGAAUAUAUAUUGGUCAGAUCCUGUCUCUGCAUGUGGGAUUCUGUGCAGACCACAAAGCAUCCACAGAAAGGCAUAGAGAGAAGAGCCACGCGGUGAAGGGCAGCGCAUGUGAGCAGAGCCACGGACCCCUCCUGCCAGUUCCCACCACAACCUAGGGUCUGGCUUCUGUUCCUUUGAAGCUCAGUUCUCUCAAAUUUUUUGUUAAAUUCCCUUGUGAUUUCCAUCUCCCUUAUUGUCCUAUGUCUAUGCUAUUUAAUAAUAAUCCCACAACAUAUGCUGCUACAAGAACAUCUCUGACAAAAUAGAAUAAACGCUCACCUUGGCUAAGCAGCCGCUACUGGGAAUGUAUUAUAACAAGACUAAGAGUAGAGCCAAUGCCUGGUCUGGAACUUCAAGUCUG